CUGCCAUAGCCCCCGUUCAUUCACUGUUAGCAAAUCCCCAUCAUGUUGGACGUCCUCCUUGCCUCCAUCGGCCAUCCAUCCGAGCUUAGUGCUCUCAUUACAUACAAGUUCUUCAAGCCUGAAUCCAACAUCAACCGCAACCAAAAACUCAUUGCUAACAACGAAAGAAAGAAGAGGUGCUACGACUUUUUGGAUAAGACAUCACGUAGUUUCAGCGCAGUCAUCCAAGAACUCGAUGAUGAAUUAAGAGAUGCCAUCUGCUUGUUCUACUUGGUGCUUCGAGGAUUGGAUACUAUUGAGGAUGAUAUGACUUUGGACCUCGACAGAAAGUGUGAAUUGCUUCGAUCUUUCGACAAAAUCAUUUUCCAACGUGGAUGGAAUUUUAAAGAAAACGGUCCCAAUGAAAAGGAUCGUCAUCUUCUUGUCGACUUCCAGAUUGUCAUUGAGGAAUUCCUUGAACUUCCCAAGAAGUUCCAGGAUGUUAUUGCCGAUAUCACCAAUCAAAUGGGUAAUGGUAUGGCUGAUUAUGCCUCUGGCGAUCACAGAGAGAACACUGCCGUGGCCACCAUCAAGGACUUUGACCUCUACUGCCAUUAUGUUGCUGGUUUGGUAGGAUGGGGUUUGUCUGACCUUUUUGCCGCUUCUGGUCUUGAAGAUCCUUCCAUUGCCAAAGACAAGCGACUCUCUGACUCCAUGGGUAUGUUCUUGCAAAAGACCAACAUCAUUCGCGAUUACCGCGAAGAUUUGGAUGAUGGAAGACAAUUCUGGCCCAAGGAAAUCUGGGGAAAAUAUACCGAUGAUUUUGCUGGACUUGUCAAGCCUGAGAACGCUAAGACGGCUCAAGCUGUUUUGAGUGCUAUGGUUCUCAACGUCUUGGAACACAUUCCCGAUGUUCUUACUUACCUAAAGUCAUUGAAGAACCAGUCUGUCUUCAACUUCUGUGCCAUUCCUCAAGUUAUGGCUAUUGCUACACUCGCCCUUGUUUUUAACAACCAGGAUGUCUACCAUCGCAAUGUCAAAAUCAGAAAGGGUACAGCCGUCAAGCUUAUUAUGGCUUCCACCAACAUGGAUAACGUUGUUGCUAUCUUCCGAGAGUACAUUCACGUUCUUUCCACUAAGAACGAUGCUGCGGAUCCUAACUUUAUUAACAUUUCCAUCGCCGUUGGCAAGGCCGAACAAUGGAUCACCACCAACCUCCCCGAUUCUCCUCGUACGCUUGCCAAGCGCUCAGACUCUUCGUCGACCUUCAUUAUGCUGGCCGUUUUAGCCAGUCUUGCUGCCAUCAUCUUGAAUGCCUACAAAUGAUACCCGAACUCACGAAUAUCUCCAUCCUGACAUUGUGGCCAGGAUGUCAACCUCCUGCAUCUAUCGUGCGAUUUGGUCUCUCACUUUUCUCCCCCCUCAUUCAAUAUAAUAUUUAAAAGCAUUCGAUCUAGCGGCUCUGACAGAUCGGAUUUGCCCAAUUAUUCCGUUCAAACCUGGAUAUAACAAAUAAAGAAAAUAUAUAUUAAAAAAGAAAAAAGGUAGAACUAUUACAAAGGAAAAAGCUCAGCUCGUCUCCAUAAAUAAUCUAUCACC